AUGACAAAAAUGCAAUCUAAACAAUCUCCUUUGCCAACAGCAUCAACAACAUCUUCAAGGAAGCUAAUAACUGAACCUCAAAUACAUCAAAAUAAAUUAGCUUUCUUAAAUAAUAGAAAUGAAAAAGGUUCAGCUUCCUUGCAUUACAACUCCUUCCCAUGUGACUCUGAAUAUUCAGGACCGGGGCAAAAUGACAAGCUUUUUCAUAUUAGACAACAGCAAAACCAACAACACCACCAACAGCAAAAAUCCAUCGAACAAUUAAUAAACGUCCGAAAAUUUUGCAUGAACAAAAAUUACUUACUCAACAAUUUUCUUGGCGGCUUUAACAAUUUUUUUGGAAAAUCUCAUUUCUAUUUAAAUUUACCUUUAUGGUUAUUAGCAAAUCAUUUUCAAACAAAACCAUUACAAAUAAAUGAAAAAACAAGACCAAAUCUUGUUCAAAGCACUGAAAAAUUGCACAAAAGUCACCAAACCCAUGUUCAUCAGAACCAUCAACAUCAUCCAAAGUUUAAAAACUACCAGUACUUGUUAGUUCAAAUUUACUUUCUUACCUUCGUAUUCGGCAUCAGUCAGAUGGCCACAGCAGCAGCAGUAGCAAGACAGUCUCGUACGAAUCUGCACCGCCAACACGCCUACCACCUCCGUCGGCAGCACAAAGCGGACUGGUUGAAGGUUGAGAGUCCACGCUGGCAGGAACCAUGCCGCGGAGGAAGCAAAGAUCGUUUCUGGAACUUCGACGCACAGCCCUUCAGCAACUUGAACAACAAGAACCUUUUCAACUUCGAUAACUGGCACAGAGAUCUCCAGAACGCUGGCAUAACGAUCGGCUACAACAAUGACUCCGAUAAUAAAAAUUCUAGUUACAUAGAAGAAGAUGGCGACGUUGCUGUUUAUGAUAAUUAUAACAGCAGAAACCGUCAUGAUGAUGAUGAUCGUUGUUCCAAGUGCAAACCAAAUAAUUCUGUUGAUGUUGCACAAAUUGAAGGUCAUCGCAGCAGUUUGAAGAGGAACCGGGACCGCGUUCGAAGAAAUAAAUUUUUCAAACUCAACACUGGAAAAUUGAAAUCUCGACUCAACUCCGUUGCGAAAAUGACAUCGCAUCUAGUGGUGAAGGGUGAGGACAGAUUCAAUGAUUCUUUGAUGAUCGGUGACCUCGAAAUGCAAGUCUUCCAACUUUUUGGCAGACCGAAACUCAAGCAGAAAAAAUUGAUAAAAUACGAGUUUAAAUUGGAAAAUGUGCAAUGUAAAUUUAAAUUGGAAGAUGCUGUUUUAGCCCUUCACAACAUUAAAACUAAGCCGAAUAAAAAUUGCUUACUUCAUUUUCAAAUAUCCAAACCUUCCCGAAAAAAAUAUCUGAUCACCCCACUGAGGGCAUCAGUUAGGGACAGCUCUUUAUUGUGA